AUGGUGAAGAUGGCAGCUAGUAACCACACCGGUCUUCAGAAUGUCUCGGUGAACCUGGCGAAGACAGAGAACAAGGAGUCCAUCGUUGGCUUCGAGGGGUCCAGAGGGCCACUUGGGUUCGAAAUGCUCAUGGGUGGCAGCACGGGUUGCCGUGGAAGCUCUCCGUCGGACAUCCAGUCCACCUACUACCAAAUUUUUACUGGGAAAGAUGUCAACGCUUGCAGGGACACCUGCUAUAAAGAUGUUACCUGCACGGGCAUCGGACAGCCACAAGCCACCACUUGCGGCAAUUGGCGAGUCCCGAUCGAGGCCACCACUUUCAAUCACGGGGACAUCUGCUACGUGGCUCACCGGCGAGUUCGAGGCGAGUCCAGCAUCCCGCCCAAGAUCGAUGGAUACCUGGUCUUCGAGCACGUGAACCAUGGAGUUGUGAAUUAUCAAUUCUUCCUCGAUCUUGGCUCGGCAAACGCGCGCUUCAACGAGCUCGAUGGGGGGCAGAAGGCCGCAGGCUUGUACGAUGCCAAGUUCAACGAACUCAAGUACUAUGGAAGCAACAAAGAUGCCAUCACCAAAGAUUUUUACGACAAGUUCAAGACGCUGCCUCUGCCGAGUGAGAAGGUGGGUCUCUCAAAGCUUGUCGAGGGUGUCAAUGGCAUGCUUGGGUGCAAGAUCAGCACGCUGGCAUCGGGCGGAACGGUGGAAUGGGACCAGACAGGACUCACUGCUGCCAACUAUUUCGGAGGCAUGCCAGGCAGCAGCGCGAGCCCCUUCCUUGGGCAAGUGGCCAGCCUCGCAUCCAACAUCCUCGACCAACUGCUGAGUUGGUCCCAGGAUGCAGACUACACCUUCAACACCAGCCCACUUGCACUCGAUUACAUCAAGGAG